AUGAGGUACUUGAAAAGGUGCAAGAUAUUCUGCUGCGUGUACCUUUUGGUGGCAGGGAUCGGAACACUGGCCUUGAGAAAGACCAAAGUUGAUGGGGGUGCCAUAGGCAUACAAGGGAAAGCAAAAGGGGGAGACAUGCAGAAGGCGAAUGGGGAGGACGUGAAGAAAAAUGGAACGGAGAGCAACCAAACAACUGCCAAUGCGUGUAGUGGUAAUUACAACAAAAGUGACGAAUGGGGGGGGUGCCCAGUGGACGCAUCAACAGCAGGUGGAGUAGAACAGAAGGAAAAGAAGCAAAACGAGGAGAAGGUGCAAAACGUGGAGACGGUGCAAAACGAGGCUUCGAAUGGGAAAAGCUUUCUGGACAGUGUCGUGAUUCCAGAAGAUGCGUUCGAAAGUGCCAAAAAUUUGUGCGAGUUUGUUGUAAUAAAAAGUAAGCAAUUUAAAGAAUUUUGCAAGCAGUCCAUUUUUUUUAAAGAGAUUCAGCUUCUAAAACAGAAGGAUCCGAAACUGUAUGCACAGAUAACAGGUGAGUCGUAUGAGAACGAAGCUACCUCUAGCUUCCAAGUCCUAAAAGAUGAGGGAGAUAGGAAAAUCGUGGAUAACGUGUUCGAUGUGAAUCAGAGUGCGCAGCUGGGUGGGGGCAAUGCCGACGUGGCGGAAGCGGACGACAUGGAAGGGGAAAUAACGGGAGAGGCGGAGGAGGGAAGUCAGGGGACCUCGGAGAGCAUCACGGACUUGACAGAGGAGGGUAGUUGA